GAUCACUGGGUCAUAGGGCAGGGACUUGCAGCACCUCGCACAAUCAGGAUUGGGGCCUCGGUGCACUAAUGUCAUCGUCGGUUGUUACAGGAUCAGCGCCUCCAUUGGCUUGACCUUCAUUUGCCACCAGGAGCUGGGCAUGCAAAUGUGGGCAGCUGACAGAGUCAUACCACCAGAGAUGCCAGCUCCUAUUGCCUGGGAUGGUCACCCAUUCGCAGCUGCACCAUCCCUGCCCUCCACACACACCCGUUUGCAGCUCAGGCUGUGAGAAACAGCUCUGUGGAGGUCAAUAUAAUGUGGCAGGAGUGAACCUGCACUGGGAGCCACCAUUCCACUGCGUCCGCUCGCAGCAAGCAAGAUGCCUUGAGGAAAAAAAAUUUGGUCAUGGAAAGCCAACAGUGUAACAAGUUGCUGCAUUCCUGCCAAGUAGCCCUUGAACCUUCUGCUGCUAGGGCCCUGACUUCAGACAGCACUUGCACGGGAGCUGACGGUCAAGUAGACCUGCUGCAGGUAACAUGGCUGGUGAAAAGAGUCACAGAAAGCAGGGCUCUGUACUCAUUGUAUCUUGUGUUGCCUUAAAGAGAUGUCAGCUGGCUUAUUGGCCAGAGCAGCGUUAGCUCCGGUCCUGAUUGGCUCAGCUGGUCUGUCACUGAAGUUUGCCAGGUUAGUGUGCCUCCUACUUCAGGACAGUUUUUGGUUUGUAACACGCUAAGAAGGGAGGGGAAAGGGGACUGACUGCAGGAGGGAUGAGCAGCAGUGGGCUGGUUCUGAGCACCCCAAAUCUUGAAGAAAGUACGGUGUUUACGCAAUUAAAACCAGUCACAAUGUCCGGGGAGUCUGCUGAAGACACCUCGGUCUUUGAAGACAUCAAACCUGCUAUAAGGAUCUUGGAAAACCAACAUGAGCUGGCGCAGCUUACCCCACUGAGGAUGGAGCAGCGAAUGCAGCUUACUAUGGAGGCGCGUUCUGAAAUGGACAAGUACCUCUCCAGUCAGCUGAUGCCAAUUCCAAUGGUGCCAGACAAGAAGUACCGCAGGGAGAGCGCCUCUGUGGUAGACGAGUUCUUCUCGACAGAGAAGCCUUCCUCCACGCCAUACAGUGUGAACAUCAAUGUGAUACUGCCUGACACCACACACCUGCGAACCGGGCUCUACCGGCCAGCCAAACCCCUCACCCCAUUCCCACAGAUCAAAACAGAGCCCGGCACCAGCUUCACCCAGCCCUGCUCAUCCACGGCAGGCUCGAUGCAGACGCUGCCGGAUUUCACCAGUGUCUUCAGCAUGCCGCAGUCGGUAGCGGUGAACAAUAUCUUCAUCAAGCAGGAGAUGCCCUCAGAGAUCCCUUUGUCUGGCAGCCCGCAGCAGGCCCAGCUUUACCAGAUGCCCAUUGGAAAUGGUGAUGCUGAUGUCGCCACAAUGGUGCCCUCUACUGGCAGCACCGCAGCCAUCAACACCAUCAGCGGCGUCACCAUGUCCACGGGCAGCGCCAUGCUCCCCAGACCCAUCCAGCCUGGCGGACAAGUGAAGCACUUCCAAAAUGUCUCCCAAGGUCAGGGGAACUUCAACAUCACGGGGCAUUUCUACUCUGUCCCAGGACUGAACCUGCCCCCUUCACCUCCAAACUCACAGCCUGGCAGCCCUGAGAAUCAACCUGAGCUCAUCAACACCAUCUCACCCCCACCCUCCUAUGAAGCCACAUUUGGACUGAAGCUGGUACAGUCGUCCCAGAUCCCCACACUCCCAAAUGGUCUCGGGACCCUCUCCCAAGGGCACAUUAUCAUGCCAACCCCCAAAUACAACAGACGCAACAACCCAGAGCUGGAGAAAAGGAGGAUCCAUCACUGUGAUUACCCAGGUUGCACGAAAGUUUACACCAAGAGUUCCCACCUGAAGGCACAUCAGAGAACUCACACAGGAGAGAAGCCAUACAAAUGCACCUGGGAAGGCUGCGACUGGCGCUUUGCCCGCUCCGACGAGCUUACCCGGCACUACCGCAAGCACACAGGCGCCAAGCCCUUCAAGUGCCUAGCCUGUGGGCGCUGCUUCUCCCGCUCCGACCACCUGGCUCUGCACAUGAAGAGACACCAGAACUAGUGGCAGAGCUCCUGCCUCACCCUUGCCUCCCUUCCAGGAGCAGCUGGGACGCCUUCCUCUUAGACGGAUGACUCUUCUUGUACAUAGGAACAAAACCAUGCUGUGAUCAAAGGGCAGCGUGUGAGCUCUGUGCACGCUUCCUCCUUGUGCCCUGUCACCAAGGUACUCUUAGUUAAAGGAUGAUUAAAACUAUAUCUGUAUCCUGGCCAGGAUCCCACUUCCUGACCAGGAGAUGUUCCUUGGACUCCAGGACUCUCCCUUCCAGUGAAUUUGCUAUUUAUUUUUCAUUCUGAAGCAAUUUUCCCUUUUGUCUCAAACUCUUUGGAGCCUUCCCUUCCCUUUUGGGGUCUGCCUCUGGUUGGGAAUGAGCAGAAAUAUGUUGGGCUGAUGCGCCACUGGGCUAGCCAGCUGUUGGGAGGGCUUUAUCAAGUUCUUUGUGGAGCCUUCUUGGACUGAGCUAUUCCAUAACCAAGUUGCCACCAGCAGUGUAGCACACAGGACAUCCAGGCCAUGCAAGAAUAGCAGUGAGUGUUCGUGGAUUGUUUGGAAAGUCGGGUCUUUAGUCUUCACCCCUGUGGUUGCAAGAAACAAGGGCAGGAAAACCUAUCCCCAAGAAGUGCUGCCACAGCUGGGACAGAUCCAAAGCAGACAACAAAGCUGUUGUUCAUGCUCCACUGAGACCACCUGAUAUUUCCUGCAAGAGAGGUGGCUUUGGGUUGUGAAUUCCUAGAUUUCUUUGCCAGGCAUGUCCAACACUUGGCCUUUAGCAUUUCUGCUUGGAGGAUGGUUUUGGCUUCUGCUCUCUCUGUUGUGAGAACCAGGUUGGCUUUCAGGGGCAGGAAGUGGCCAGUCCCCAUGAAGGAAAAAAAAAGACGACACACUGGUUUCCCAGAAUGCAUUGUGCCUUUGAUUUCCAAGGAUUCAUUGAGUGGGGCCCCCCUCAGGCCUCAAACACAAGAGACUGGUCGUUACAAACCACUUUUUCCUGUUGCCAUUUGUGCAUUUUACCACGUUCAGAAAAGCAGCUUUGAAAACAAACUUGUGCAAACUGUGAUCAUGUUACCUACCUCACAGGUUCAUGGCCCCACGCUCUGCAAGGAACCUUCACUUGUCUUCCUCAGAACACCUCGAUGUGCAGCGUACAGGGGAGACCCCUGGAGCACAUGAAAAGUUAAACAUGGGCAGAGUAAGAAUAGGCUAUGCCCACUGAAACUACAGCAAUGUAGUAGAUAAGAAACAAAUCAGGACACGUAAUCAGCCUAGCAUGUUCAACAGUACUUUGAUUUUUCCUGGCGAACAAAUGUAAAUAAUGUACAGACAGUGAUGUGUGAUAGAAAAUCAACCAAUAAGCAAAAUCACAUGGGCUGUGGAGAUUCUGGAAACUUUAUCCCACCUGCAGCCUACAAGUCAAAUGUGGCCCAUCGUUGCCCUGAAGGAAGCCAAUCAAACUUCUGGUGAACAUAGCCAGUCCUGUAUGUCUGUCCAAGAAGAUACAAGGGAGGGCAGAUGUCAGGGCUUGUGCAUGCUCGUUAGUUACUCAGUUAGGUUUACACAUGCAUUACUGUAGAUGUGCCCCUGGGAUUCCUGGCAAGUUGCCCACAAAGUCUCAAUGUUUCGUCUGUCCCUGAUUCAGCGCUUUCUAAGCAGCUUAUCUCUCCAGUCCAGGGGGCACAUGUUAGGCCACGUCAAUUACCCAACUGCAAUGAUUCAUUAGGAUUAAACUUCAGUGACCUCCAGAUGUUCAGGUGGAGCUGGGAGCGGAGAAGUCUCUGCAGAGCUUGGCCCUGGGUCUGUGAAGAGGGACAUGGCUCAUGCAUUCCCUGGGCUUACCAGCUCUGACUUGAUUCUGCUCUUCAGACUUGCCAGCUCACCUGAGUUCCUUGCCAAAUGGUCCGGGAAGCUCUGAUGGCUGUGUCCUCCAGCAUGCUCCCUGCCUGCCUGCCCCGCCUUUACUGUUUUGACCCUGACAAAUGGCAGAUGCCCAGUCAGGGCCUCCAAAGCCAGGCUUGAAAAGCAGUCAGAGAGGAUAAUUAUAACUGGAGCCAAAAUAAACGAGGAAGGGAGCCCGAGGGUGCAACUCUGAAUUGCACCCACCCCUUUCUAGGGUAUUUUGGAGGCUCCUCAAUGCACCGCCAUCAGGGGCUGCAUUUCUUUAAUAAAAGGCCCUUGUUAUAAUACAAGGAUCCCUGGGGAACUGAUAUGUGCCAUACGUCUAUUGUUGUAAAGGAUGCAUUAUUUUAUCGUGUACUUUGUCAAAUAGGUGUGUAUGUGCGCAUAUAUAUAUGUGUGUGUGUGUGUGUAUAUAGAUAUAUAUAUAUAUAUAGGGUGUGUGUGCGUGCCUGUGUGUGUGGGUGUGUGUGUUUAGGGCAGCAUCUGCUUCAUUGGCACAGAUUCUGGUGUGCACAGGAACAUGGCAAUGAGGUCGUGGUUCUAAUUCUCCAGUGCUCAGUUUAUAGGGUGGAGUUGGUGGCCUCUGAUAUACAAGAAAUCAGAUUAGAUGAUCUAGGAUUUCUGGUCUUCAACUCUGAUGCUACGGUUCUCUGUGUACAUGGCUUUUUCCCUUUUAGUUCAUGACUUGUUUUAAACGAAGCUUCAUAGUAAGCAUUUACUCCUGAGCUCUGACCAAUGCUAUACCAGCAAACACCAUGUCACAUCAGAGCACGGCCAAUCCCAGGCAUGCCGUUUUCUGGGCUCGGUGUGCCAUGAAUCCAUCAGUGAGAUGCCUCUCACUGAAUCUGUAUUCCACCAGUUGUGCCAGCAUGCAUCCAUUUGUAGAGAGAGGUUCUCUGUGUGGAUCCUACUGUAUGACUGCAGGGUGGGGAAGUUCUCUGUGCAUUGAGAAAGGUCUUGCUGUUGAAUGUUCAGGCCUUCAGUACUGCAUGCAUGCACGCACACACAGAGUCUCUGUCAUUUGGGAUUAUCUAAACUGGAAGGCAUUUCAUUGUAAAACAACAACACGUUUAACACAUCUCCUGGCUCCUGGAAGUUAGGGCUGGGUGGAUGGAUUGGGUGGGAAGCCAAACUAGCCAUGUUGGAGCCUGUCGAGCCCAACCCAGUGUUGGCUUGUGUUCAGCUGACAUAGCAUUGCGAUAUAUUGCACAUGCAAGGCCUUUCCCACCAUCCCUGUUGCUCACACACACACAUCCCAAAUACCCACAACACAGGAUCCUAAUGAUUAGCAGCUUGGUUACAACAGUUCCAUAGAAUAGGCAGCUGGAGAAUGCAACAUUAGCAAAUCAGAGUCAUGACUCUCAAGGUUGGGGUACGUGUUGACCACAUUCUUCUGUCUAGCUGUGUGGGCAACCCUUCUGGACACAUUGAGAAGAGCCACAUUCUGUUUGUGGAUUUGGGGGCGUACAGAGCCCACAGUGUGAAAGGCUGGUGGGAGAUCGUCUGAUAAAGUAUCACAUCAGCUGCACUAUGACAGCACAAUAAGGGAGUAAUAAGUCUUUACCCGCAAAGGGCUUUGUUGUAGCAGCCUUAAGACUGGACUAUGCAUGGCAUCCUGUGUGCUUUUGUUUUUUGCUUUUAAAUGCUAAAUUUCAACAGAAUCAAAGGAAAAUUUCCCUGCAAAAGAGAUGAAAGGCAGGUUAAAAUGUGAAAUAUUUUAUGCCUUGGACUUCAUGGCUUUAGAGCUGAGUAAGAACCAAACUCCCCCUCUUCCUCCCUGUUAAAUCUCUCACACCCUCGCAAUGUCAUGCCGACAGUGGAGGACUAAUGGGCAUUACCUAUUCACUGGACUGGGUUAAAACCGGUCAUUCGAUUUGUUUGGUGGAAAAUGUCAUUGUUUUCAAAUUUUCCUGAUGGGCCUUUUGAGGGCAAAAAGGUUUUUGUUUUUGAAAAAUGGUUUUCGGUAAAAUGGUUAGUUUAAAACAAAAAAUUUAAAAUUAGUUUUUUGAAAAUCAAAUUGUUCCCUCAGAACUGAACCAAACCCCAUUGUUUUUUUAAACUGAAUGUUUUUGAUUGAAAACUGAACUAGUUUACUGAAAAAUAUCUGGAUUUUUUUAUUACUUUUAUUUUUGGGAAAGAAAAUAGAAAAUAUCUAUUAUUUAAAAAAUGUUGGUCCAAGAGCCAUUUUUUCAUCAAAACAAUGCUCUGCUCUUCAGCUUUACCUGAUCCCCAAGAGAGACAUGCUGGGUCUUUGGAUGGGGCUUGAUAGCAUUUGAGGAAUCCGCAUACUCCAGAGUGUUUUUUGGAUAGUGCCUCCUUGCUAGGUGGAGCAUCAUUAUAGAAGGUCUUUGGCUCUCACAGCCAACUGGCAUGUCUAUUAUUAUUCUCAAAAGAAACAUAAUAAGCCCAGAUCAUCAUAUGGCCAUUUCAUGGGGCACUAAGAAGAGUGGACCAUCAGAAAUUUUGGGAAGAGCACUGGGGGCUAUUUCUAUAUUCUAAACACCUCGGGACACAGGACCCACUAGCUGGAUUUCCUGAACUUCCUUCAGAACAAAAUGUUGGGGCGCGUAAAUGUCCUCUUUUCAUUGUCGUUUGUGCUUCUGAGCAUGUAACACAGCAGAGGGAUUUCUAUAAAUAGUAGGGAAUGCUGUACAGAUUUUUGUAUGUGGAUUUGAAGCAAUUGUUUACUGUAUAAUAUGAACACACACCAAAUUGGGAUCUGGAAAACUGCGGUGGAAGGUUUAUUUUCUGGAUAUGUUUUUGUUUGUUACUUUUUUAAAAAAUAUUAAUUAAUCUGCUAUUUCGUAAUAAAAUUAUCCUGCAGGGAGGGAUGUUCAUUCUUCUAUCCCCAUGCCAAACACCAUCCCAGCACCCAGCUCCUGCUUCUUGCUACCUGCCUUAAAUACCGUAACCAAGUUGCUAACACGUCUCACUGUGGACAGAUUCCUGAGAUCGAGAGACAGCAGUUUUAAGGCUUGUAGUAACUUUAUUGCGCUCUGCAAGUGGGUUGGGGGUGGGCUGUUCCACUCAAGUUGGUGAAAAAUAGCAGAGAGGCGCUGUUUCCUCAUACCACUGAGCUAUCUAAUCCUGCCUGUAGCUGAUGCUUUAGCGGAAAGUGGAACUGCCUUCCUCCUCAAAUGCACGCAACUGACUAUGCAACACUGUGUAGGGAAAAGCAAGGGAGAGAAUUCCUCCCAGCCCUUCACAGGCGACCAUCAUCCAGCCUGAAGCAUGAUACUUGAUCACCCUUACCCUACAUUGUGUAGCUACGAGUGUUGUUAGGUUUUGUUAGAACAUGCAGCAUGGAAAGGCAGCUAAAGGGUUAAUGAGCAUUUUACUCUCCCCCCCAGACUUGGGCCGCCUCCUGCCCUGAAAUUAGCAUAUACUUGGUGAGGCUAACGGCUGGUCCCUCAUGGAGCCGUCUGAAAGACCUGCCACCCUGCCCAGACAAAGCAUGUUUGCUAACAUUGACCUCCAAGGCAUACACCUCUCCUGGCUCCUAGAAUCCCAUAGGUGACUUUGCAGGAGCAGUCUCCCAAGCGGCUCUCUUUAUUGGGGGAUUCUGAGGGGGAGGAGGGCGGAAGGAAUAAAACCCCUCCCUUGAGCAAAAAAAAAAAAAGAGCUCAAGCGUGAGCUGAUGGGUGUAUGAUGUAAUGGGUGUCCUGGAUGUUAAAC